AUGGCCGACGACGACGACGCCGCCGUCCUCUCCGACGUCGACGAGGACCCCCUCCCACCCCCCUUCACCUCUUCCGCCUCCUCCCACAAAACCCUACCGCAAGCCCAACAACCCCAGCCACAGUCCGAUGCCCAGGCGCAGCAGCGGCUGCUGGACCUGGCCGCGGAGCUCGAGGAGGAGCGCCGCCUCCGCCGCGCGGCCGAGGCCUCCCUCGCGGAGGCCGAGUCCCGCGUCGCCCGCUUCAAGGCCUUCGCGCAGGACGUGCUCCGCAAGCGCGACGACCUCACCGCCGAGGCCGCGGCCUCCGCGCGGUCCCUCGCCGCGCUCCAGGCCGAGGCCGCUGCCUCCGCGCGGUCGCUCGCCGCGGUCCAGGCGGAGUCCGCCGCCUCCGCACGCUCCCUCGCCGCGCUCCAGGCCGAGGCCGCCACCGCCUCCUCCAUGCUCUCCUCCGGCUUCGAGAGGAUCUCCGCCAAGGCCUCCCCUUCCUCGGCCCCCGCCGCACCGCUCCCGACCUCCCAGAAGUACUCCUCUGGCCUCCCGGCCCUCGCGUACGGCGUCCUCAAGCGCGCCAACGACAUCGUCGAUGACCUCCUCGCCCAGAUCGACGCCGCUAACCGCGACCGCGAUCGCGCGCGGGAGCAGAUGGAACACCGCAACUACCAGAUCGCUAUCGAGGUCUCUGAGCUCGAGGCGUCGCUCGCAUCCAGGUCUGCCGAGGGCGAAUCCCUCUCCAAAUCUCUCUCCCAGCGGGAAGGCGAGAUCUCCGAGCUCCGUGACAGGAUCACCUCCCUCGAGGGGAAGCUCGAUGCACAGAGGCCCGUGCUCUCGGAGCAGAUCGGAUGCACCUCCAAGCUGUACCACGAGAUGCGGGAGGUGGUCAAGCUGGUCGAUGCCGAAGCUGCCAGUGCCCUGUCGGACUCGGUUUUUGUCUGGAAGGAGACUGACGUCGAGGAGAGCCUCAAGGUGUCUCUGGAAGGGACGAAAUUGGCCUAUGAGCUUUCGGCAAUGGCCCUGGAGAAGGUCGGGGCUUCUAUCGAUGACAAGGAGAGCAAGAUGAGACGUUUGGAGGACAGGGUGGAUGAACUGAUUAAAGAGAAGGAGCACAUUGGUGUGCUGCUCCGGAGCGCACUGCAGGCAACCACCAGUGAGGUGUUAAAGGUUGCAGAGGAUGGACUGAGGGAAGCUGGCAUUGAGAUUGGACUUGACGAGCGAAAGGAGCACAGGCCAGGGAGUGUGGAGAAGGACGAGGUCUAUACCCUGGCAGGGGCUCUCGAGAAUACCAUGAAGGAGUCUCAGGUCAAGAUUGUUGAGCUCCAACAUCUUGUCGAAGCACUAAGGGCGGAGUCUGGUUUACUUAGAACAAGGCUAGAAGGGCAAGAAAGGGAGAUUGGUCAGCUAAGAAAGCAAAUAAAAAAUCUUGAAGAGAAGGAAAGGGUGGCAAAUGAAAGCGUUGAGGGUCUGAUGAUGGACGUGACAGCUGCUGAAGAGGAGAUUAAGCGGUGGAAGAUGGCAGCAGAGCAGGAAGCUGAAGCUGGUAGAUCAAUUGAGAAAGAGUUCCAAACUCAGAUAUCAUCCCUUCGCAAGGAAUUGGACGAAGCAAAACAAGCUAUGGUGGAGCUAGAAAACAAGCUGAAGUUCAAGGAAGAGACAGCUGCUGCUGCCAUGGCCGCACGUGAUGCUGCAGAGAAGUCUCUAAAGCUAGUAGAUAUGCGAUCAUCCAGACUACGUGAGAGGCUGGAGGAGCUUAAUAGGCAGCUCGAAGAAUCAGAUAACAGAAUCGACUCGGUAUUGAUGAUGUUUCUUCCAAACAAAAUCUUGUUAGAUGUUUCUCUGCAAACAAAAUUUGGUCAUGCUUUUGAGUUGCAUCUUAAACCAUAUAAUUCAGAUUAUCCCAAUUCAAGGAUGCCUGUUUCUGUUGUUGAGGUUUCAUUUGAGGACAAGAUUUGCUUUUGGCGCUGGCUAGCUAAUCCAGGACCCAAAAUCACCAGACCCAACAACAAGCUUCUUGAGUUCUUGUCAGGCAAACGUUGUUUCAAUGGGAGAAGCCUGCAUCACCUGGGAGGGCCUCCUAACCCUUACGAGCAAGCUAUCAGCAUCAUCGGCAAAACCUUAUCGGGGUUCGACGAGGACAACCAGAUCCCGUGCUUCGGCUUCGGUGACACAUCCACGCAUGAUCAACACGUCUUCAGCUUCUACCGAGAUGGACGGGCAUGCAAUGGUGUCAAUGAAGCGCUGCAGCGGUACAGAGAGAUCGCCCCUCACAUCCGGUUCUCUGGCCCGACAUCUUUAGCUCCAAUCAUAGAAACUGCAACCAAGGUCGUCCAGGACCACGGCUAUCAGUAUCACAUCCUACUGAUAAUAGCUGACGGGCAGGUCCCAACGUCUUCUAGUGCUCCUUAUGCGAACAACUCGGAAGAAGCAAGAUCAGAAAAUUACCUAGAAGAAAGGACUGUUCAGGCUCUCAUACAUGCCAGUGAUUUCCCUCUUUCGAUUGUGCUUGUUGGAGUAGGCGAUGGACCAUGGGAUGAUCUGAUUCACUGCAACAAUAACCGGCGGCAGUUUCAAGAAGAGGAUUUUGUGCAUUUCACCGAAAUUAUGUCCAGGGAAAUGUCAGAAGGCGACAAGGAGGAUGAAUUCACGUUGGAAGCGCUGAUGAAGAUACCAGCCCAGCAUGAUGCGAUAAUCAGCCAGAACAUUAGUGAGCUGAUGACAAGGGCGCCUACAACAACAGCUUUGCCUCCACCUUGCUGA